AACACUGAUGUAGAUCCAGAAAUAUGGAGACAAUUUUACAAUUUAGAGACGCAACUAAAUGAAAAACUAAGAAAUAUCACAACAUCUCCAGAAAUUUCUUAUAUUUAUAAUCCGGUUGAAUAUGCCGCCGAUUUACAUCAAGCAUAUUUAAAAAAAUACCUUAAGGGAGGUGAAAAAGUAUUAUUUAUUGGCUUAAAUCCAGGAGCUAAUGGUAUGGGGCAAACAGGUAUACCCUUCGGCAAUAUUACUACCGUUAGAGAUAAAAUGGGACUAAAUGGUACCGUUAAUCAACCGCCCAACAUUCAUCCGAAAAGACCUGUUAAUGGCUUAGCAACUACAAUAGAAGAACCAAGUGGUAAACGUCUAUGGACUAAAUUUCAAGAAUUAUCAGACGGAUCUCUUGAUAUAUUCUUUGAACAAUGUUUUGUUUAUAACUUUUGUCCGCUUCUCUUUUACAAUAGCAAGGGUGAUUAUGUUUCUCCACAGAAAUUGAAAGCACCUUACAACCGACAAAUUAGCAAUGCUUGUUUACAUACUAUCGAACAAAUAUUAGAAUUACUACAACCAGAAGUUAUUGUAGCCAUUGGACGUUAUGCAUAUGAUAAUCUUAAAGCAGUAAAAUAUUGCAUUGAAAAACGUCUAUUAUAUCUACGUCAUCCCAGUCCAAGAGCAUGUACUAAAAAUUGGUCAAAGAUUGCAGAUGAAUUUUUUAAAAACGAAAAUUUACUUAAGUAUUUCAGAAAACCGAACAAAAUAAACACAAACCGAUGAAAUCAGCAACCAUAGAGUACAUAGAAGGGAAACUCUGCUGUCAUGCACCUAAGUCUGUUGUCAAAAGCCUUAGUCGUCUGAAUGUAGUAAUAUGGUAGUAUUAGUGUAUUCCCCAUAGUUGGCAUAACCCAACAAACACAAAAUCGAAUGUUUGAAAAAGUUAUUAUAUUUUAUUUAAUAUUAAACAUUUACGGUUCUUAAAAAGGAGAAAUGGAUGUAACGUUUGCAUUAGAUUUCCAGUUUAAACAUUUAAUAAAUAAUAGCAUAUGAUUUACAAUAAUGACAACUUUCUACUCUAUGCGUUUCUCUAUGUCAGAAACAAUUAUUUUAAUUGAUUACAAUUUUACUAAAAGUAUUCGAGAAAUAAAUCACAAUUUUAAACAA